AAUAUGCAUUAGGUGUGGUGCCUCAUCUUUUUUUAAUCUGGAAGCAAUUUAAGAAUAUGGGGGGGGGAUCUCCCAUCUUCAUGAAAAGCAACAAAUUCUGCAAAUGGCCCCCCGUUCCCUCCCAAGCCAAUUUUUACUCUUUUAUUCUCUCUUUAUUUUCUCAACCAAGAGCUUAGAAAGUCCGGAAGGCCGAGAGGGCCCCGUCGGUCCUCCCGGCAAACGAGUUCCGAUUAUAUCUCGGCGGCGUCCGCGAGGUACCUCAACGCUGGAGUCGUGGGGUGGGGGAGAGAAAAAGAAGCAGCAGCAGCCGCCUGCCAGUCGCUCUGGCCGGAGCGCGCGUGCGCGUGCAUUCUCUGUGGCGCGCAUCUUUCUCUCCCCUCUUUGAGGGGAAUUGGCGGGAGCGGCCCGGUGAGGGUCGCGGCCCUGCAGUGCGGGCUCCCGGCCGGCUUGAGGGGGCGCUGCGCCGGGAGGCCCGCGUUGGGAAGGCGGGUGUGGGGAGCGCGUGUGCCUGGCUGCUGGUCCUCCCUCCCUCCCUCUCUCUCUCUCGAGCGGGCGGGCGCCGGAGAGGCAAAGCGGCCCGGUUUCUCCCAUCCCGGCGCACCGGCAGCGCCGCCCGCGGGGGGUCCGGACGCGGGGAGGCCAGCCGCCGCGGACGCCAUCACCAUCACCGCCAUGAAAGACUGCGAGUAUCGUCAGAUCCCGCCGGGUACCCCGGCUGCCCCCACCGCUUCUGGACCCCCGAGCUCCGUGGCCACCAGCACCGCCCCCGCGACUCUGGCUUCGCGGCCCCGCCGCAAGUGGGAGGUUUUCCCCGGGCGCAACCGGUUCUAUUGUGGCGGGCGCCUCAUGCUAGCGCGGCACAGCAGCGUCUUUCUCCUCACGGUCGGCCUCAUUGUGGUCACCAGCGGCCUCUUCUUCGCCUUCGACUGUCCAUUCCUGGCUCAUAAAUUGACCAUGGCCAUUCCUAUCAUUGCUGGCAUCCUGUUCUUUUUUGUCAUCAGCUGUUUGCUACAAACCAGCUUCAGAGAUCCCGGUAUUUUGCCCAGAGCCACCCCUAGUGAAGCUGCAGAUCUGGAGAAAUGGAUUGACAACCUCGGCACUUCCACUUAUCGGCCACCUGCCCGAACCAUGGAAGUUGUAAUAAACAAGUAUAUGGUGAAAUUGAAAUAUUGCUACACGUGUAAAAUGUUCCGUCCACCCAGGACUUCCCAUUGCAGUGUCUGUGACAACUGUGUUGAACGAUUUGAUCACCAUUGCCCCUGGGUAGGCAACUGUGUGGGGAAGCGGAACUAUCGAUUCUUCUAUGCCUUCAUCCUCUCUCUCUCCUUCCUAACAGCCUUCAUCUUUGCUUGUGUCAUCACCCACCUUGCUCUGCGCUCCCAGGGAAACGAUUUCCUCACGGUUUUGAAAACCACACCAGCAAGUCUGUUGGAAUUGGUGAUUUGUUUUUUUUCAGUCUGGUCUAUUUUUGGCCUCUCAGGGUUUCACACUUACUUAAUUGCCUCCAAUUUGACAACCAAUGAGGAUCUCAAGGGGGCCUGGUCAAAUAAGAGAGGUUCUGAAUUUGCCAACCCCUAUAGCCAUAAAAGUGUCCUAACCAACUGCUGUGCAGUGCUCUGUGGGCCGUUUUACCCCAGUUUAAUAGAUAGAAGAGGAUUUGUCCAGGCAGAUGCUGGGACUCCCUCUACUCCAAAGGGUGAAAUCCCUUCCUUUGGAACAAAAUCUGAUGCCAGCAUGGAGGAUGCCUGCCAGGACUUUGCGAUAUCUUGCACUGCCUGAUGGGAUAGUCCCUCCCCACAGGAUGGGUUAGUACUGCUCCCUGAAGGUUAGCUGGUAAGAAUUUUUUUCUUCCUCGCCAUCACCCAGUGAUUCAUCUCAUUCUCACCACAUGAGUGUUCCAAGUCUCUGGUGUCCAUGUAGCCCUCAAGUCUGAAUUGUUCCCCAUUGUUAUGGGUCAAUCAUCCAUCCAUAGCUUAAGCUGCAAGCAGGGUACCGAGGUUUAUAAAGCGCCAAAAAGGACUUGAGGGAUAGACAAGGAACCUGUGGCGCAAGGCAGAUAAAACACUAUAUAAGUAACUACACACCUGGAUGAAGAGGUGGACAUUGUGAAAGGCUGCACUCAACAUUGGGAAGGCUUGAGCUAGGGUGAAAACAUUAACUUUUAGCACAAGAGACAUUUGUUGCAUUUUGUCAUUGGUGAGCCAUGGCAUAUAUUUGGCGAUGGCUGUGCUGUUACUGUCUCCAAGAGAUGAAUUCCUGUAAGUUAUUAUCAUUGGUGAGGAAGUACAUGUCAUCAGAUCUGCCGCCUCUACUUUCCCCCCUUAAGAAAGAACAAAACUGGAGAAUCUUUUUAGUUACUUUACUCAUUAAUCAUCUUUCCUUGCCUUACAUCCCUUAUACCAGGGGUGAAAUCCAGCAGGUUCUGACAGGUUCUAGAGAACUAGUAGUGGAAAUUUUGAGUAGUUCGGAGAACCAGCAAAUACCACCUCUGGCUGGCCCCAGAGUGGGGUGGAAAUGGGGAUUUUGCAGUAUCUUUCCCCUGGAGUGGGGUGGGAAGGGAGUUUUUGCAGUUUCCUUCCCCUGCCAUGCCCACCAAGCCACACCCACCAAGCCACACCAUGCCCACCAAGCCACGCCCACAUAACUGGUAGAAAAAAAAAUUGGAUUUCACCACAGCAUUAUACUCUUGCAUAGAAAAAGCAAUUGUUGCCUACUGGUAUUUAAGUGAAGGCAUCUAAAGGAGAAACAACUGGGAUAACAAGCAAUCUGCUGGACUGUGAAGCUAAUUCUUUCUUUUUGGUGUCGUAAACAGAUUUGCAUAGGGCAAAGCAAAGGAAGAAUUCUUGACCUUUAGCCAUCAGCCUAUAUUCCCAGCUUGGGGGGGGGACCCCAGAAACACAGUAGAGGCUUCAUUCCAAACAUACAGAACUUGGUGCUAUAUGUUUUCAUGUAACCUCAAUGUACAACCAGUCCAGCAUGUUUAAAUAUGUCAUUGUGUGAUUGGAGUAGUCUAAAGGGGGCUGUCAUUUAUAACUUCUUGCAUGUCUAAUGAAAGUUGACUAUAUGCAUAUCAAAUCCCAUUAGAUCAUCCACAUAUAUAAUUUAAGAGCCCCCCCCCAUCAACUUCUGGGCAUGAUUUCUCAUUUCUAAUGUAGUAAUAGAAUUUAUUGUUACAAUGGAUGCUAUGGGUGGUCAUGAAAAGGUUUGGGAGUAUGUGUCGUAUUUGGCAUAUAUCUGAAUUUUACUUUUUCAUCACAGGGGAAGGUAUUUUUUUUUUGUCUUUCAUUCUCUUAUAUGUCCAUGUAACAUUCUUCAGGAACCUUUUAUUUUGUUUUCUUCAUCCUCCUUUUUUUUUUUGUGGGAUGUAUCUAAUAUUUCCCCUCCCAAGAGUUUUCUUCAUCCAAGUGUUUUGGAGCAAAAGCUCCCUUUUUAAAAAGACAUUUUCCAGAUUUACCUAUAUUGUACUAACUUUCCUUUUCCUGUGCCUUCCUUUUCUCUAGCUUGCCUGUCAAUGCUAGGCCUAUGAUGAUCCUUCUUUUCACUGCUGCUUUCAUUUACUAAUCCUCUCUUUUCUUCUUCCUUUUCCCUCUCCCAAUCUCCCCACCCCCACCCCACUUCUUGGGAAC